AUGAAACUCGAUCAUCUGAUAAACGAGGUUAAGAAUGACCAAAUUUUUGGUCCUCUAAAAGCAGUUAUUUAUACAGUGGAAUUUCAAAAACGUGGCCUACCUCAUGCGCAUAUUUGUUUGUUCUUGAGCCCUGACCACAAAUUUCCAACAGCAACACAUGUAGAUCAGUUGUCCAUGUAUGGUUCGACAAGAAUGCACCAAAAAAUUUCCAAAGAUGAAACCUCUGUUGAUGAUGAUGGAUAUCCCGUGUAUAGGCGUCGAAACACAGGUCGUACAGUGGAAAAGAAUGGCGUCCCACUCGACAAUAGAUUUGUUGUUCCUUAUAAUGCUUCCCUACUUCGAAAGUACCAAUGUCACAUGAAUGUAGAAUGGUGCAACCAGUCAGGUUCAAUAAAGUAUUUAUUUAAAUAUAUAAACAAAGGACCUGAUAGAGUGACGACAGCAAUAUAUGAAACAAGUCAGCAGAAAGAUAAAGAUUGUACGGAAAAAAUAGUUGAUGAGGUCAAAAACUACCUGGACUGCAGGUAUGUUUCUGCUUGUGAGGCGGCUUGGAGGAUUCAUGGUUAUGAUAUACACUAUAGAUGGCCUCCUGUUGAAAUACUACCAUUUCAUGACAAAGAUAAGCAAACUAUUGUAUAUGAUGAGAACGCUAAUCUUUGUGAUGUUGUUACUAAUCCCACUGUCAAACAGUCAAUGUUUAUUCAGUGGAUGAAAUUAAACAAAGUUGACCCGUUUGCCCGAACCUUGUUAUAUGUCAACUUUCCAAGGCAUUAUGUUUGGAUUCGUAAAGAUAGGAAAUGGGAAAAAAGAACGCAUCCUGGUGGUAGUAUUGGAAGAAUUUCUUAUGUUCCACCCUCACUUGGAGAUAUUUACUAUUUGAGGAUGUUGUUGAAUCAUGUCAGAGGGCCUUAUUCUUGGAAACAAUUAAAAACUUUCAAUGGGCAAACUUUUGAGACCUACAAAGAGGUCUGUGAAGCAAUGGGUCUUUUGAGUGAUGAUAAAGAAUACGUUGAAGCAAUUGAAGAAGCAAGCAGUUGGGCCACUGGUGCUUUUUUGCACCAUUUCUUUGUCAUGUUAUUACUUUCUAAUUCCAUUACAUCUCCAGUUCAAUUAUGGUCAAAAACUUGGAAGUUUUUAAGUGAAUACAUUCAACACCGGCAACGGUCCAUUCUUAAUUGUCCAGGUUUGGUUCUUCAAGAAGAUGAAUUGAAAAACCUAUGUCUAUCGGAUAUUGAAGGGUUGCUAAGAGCUAACGGCAGUACACUCACAAACUUUCCCGAUAUGCCAUGUCCUGACGAGGAAUAUGCAGUUGACAAGAAUGAGGGUGGUGUUUUUUUUGUAUAUGGAUAUGGCGGGACUGGGAAGACCUUCCUUUGGAAAACACUUAGAGCUGCUGUACGUUCUAGAGGUGAUAUCGUACUAAAUGUUGCAUCAAGUGGCAUCGCAUCGCUCCUGCUAGAGGGGGGAAGAACGACACACUCAAGAUUUAUUAUUCCAAUACAUAUAGUGGAAAAUUCGGUAUGUUCCAUCGACCCCCAAAGUGAUCUUGCUGGUUUAAUUAAGGAAACAAAACUAAUUAUUUGGGAUGAGGCACCCAUGAUACAUAAACACUGUUUUGAGGCCCUUGAUAGAAGUAUGAGAGACAUCUUAGGUUCCGAUACGCCAAAUAGUGAAAAUUUUGGUGUUUGGAGGGAAGGUUGUUCUCUUUGGUGGCGACUUUAG